AUGGUUGAAAAGAAACCAGAUGUCUUGACCACUGGUGCUGGGAACCCAGUAGGGGAUAAGCUUAAUAUUCUGACAGUAGGGCCACGUGGGCCUCUUCUUGUUCAAGAUGUCAUUUUCACUGAUGAGAUGGCUCAUUUUGACAGAGAGAGGAUUCCUGAAAGAGUUGUGCAUGCAAAAGGGGCAGGAGCCUUUGGCUAUUUUGAAGUCACUCAUGAUAUUACUCAGUAUUGUAAGGCAAAAGUGUUUGAACACAUUGGAAAAAGAACUCCAAUUGCUAUACGAUUCUCCACUGUUGCUGGAGAAUCUGGGUCAGCUGAUACAGUUCGUGACCCUCGAGGCUUUGCGAUGAAAUUCUAUACAGAAGAGGGUAAUUGGGAUCUUGUGGGAAAUAAUACUCCUAUCUUCUUUAUUCGGGAUGCAAUGCUGUUUCCAUCCUUCAUCCAUAGCCAAAAGAGGAACCCUCAGACUCAUUUAAGGGAUCCAGACAUGAUGUGGGACUUCUGGAGUCUUCGCCCUGAGUCUUUGCAUCAAGUGUCUUUCUUGUUCAGUGAUCGUGGUAUUCCUGAUGGUUAUCGCCAUAUGAAUGGAUACGGAUCACAUACUUUUAAACUGGUUAAUGCUAGCGGAAGAGCAGUUUAUUGCAAAUUCCAUGUGAAGACUGACCAGGGCAUCAAAAAUCUUCCUGUUGAAGAAGCAGGAAGAUUGGCUUCUACUGAUCCUGAUUAUGGAAUACGUGAUCUUUACAAUGCCAUUGCCAAGGGGGACUAUCCAUCGUGGUCUUUCUACAUUCAAGUUAUGACAUUUGAAGAAGCAGAGAAGUUUCCAUUUAAUCCUUUUGAUGUAACUAAGAUUUGGCCACAUGGUGACUACCCUCUCAUCCCUGUGGGAAAGCUUGUCUUGAACAGGAAUCCUGUUAAUUACUUUGCAGAGGUAGAACAAAUGGCAUACGAUCCUAGCAACAUGCCACCUGGUAUUGAACCUAGCCCUGAUAAAAUGCUGCAGGGUCGUCUUUUUUCGUAUCCUGACACUCAUAGACACCGUCUGGGACCCAACUAUCUGCAAAUUCCUGUGAACUGCCCAUUCAGAACUCGUGUGGCCAAUUACCAGAGGGACGGACUGAUGUGUAUUUCUGACAACCAAGGUGGUGCUCCAAACUAUUAUCCAAAUAGUUUUACUGGUCCAGAAGAUCAGCCCGUGUUAAAGGAGAGCCGCGUGUCUGUUUCAGGAGAUGUGCAGCGCUUCAAUAGUGCGAAUGAUGAUAAUGUGACUCAGGUGCGAGAAUUCUAUACCAAAGUGCUGAAGGAGGAUGAACGCCAAAGGCUGUGUAAAAAUAUUGCUGAUCACCUUAAAGAUGCACAACUCUUCAUUCAGAAGAGAGCUGUCAAAAACUUCACUGAUGUUCAUCCUGACUAUGGUGCCCGUAUUCAGGCUUUGCUGGACAAAUACAACGCUGACAGUGGGAAAAACGAUGUAAUUAGGACAUACAGACAGUCCACUUCUCGUGUGUCUGCCAAAGAAAGAUCCAACUUGUAAAGCGUGCUGCAGAGAUUUACUCUGACUUUUGCAUCCUUGUAACCAUAGUAUGAUCUGAUGGAGAUGUUAAUGAAUGUAGCAGACUUCCGCACAACUACAGAAGUGUCUUUACAGGCUUGAUUUAUUAAGCUUUCAAGUGCCUGUAUCUGUAUUGGAAACUAGGUAACAGCUAACAAUCCUAGUGCCUUUCAACACUAGUGCUUUACUGCUUGUUAACAACAUACACUGUUUUUAAGGAAAUUCAUGAUGAAAAAUUUUCUUCAUUUCUAGAAGCAAAUGUAAAUUUUAUCAUAACACUGUUUAAUUUUUUUUAUUGUAAAACUUACCUGGCUAAAUCACACAAUAGAACUUCUAUAAUGACACUGUGAUUAUCCUUAUGGAUAAACUUGUUCAUGUUAAAAAGUUGAUGUUGCUCAAUAUUUCUAAUAAAAUCGUUACUAUAUGUAUUUGUAGAUACUUCCUUUGAAAUCCACUUAUGGCCUUCCAGAAGUAAAAUGAUACGCCAUAGUUAGAGUACAAUGUUAGUUAUGUCUCAUUCCUUAUGAUCAAAAUGAAGCUAACAAGAAAGUUUAAUCUCAAUAUAUGUAAAUUUUAUUCCCUAUAUGUAUUAAGAUGAUCUUUGCUUACUAAUGCUAGGUUGGCUAUAACUGACCUAAGGGGAGAUAGGAGAGGAUAUUUUCUUAUUACCUACACUUUACAAGUAGAUUGAUUAUAUCUUACAGUUCUUUAGGGGUGAGAAUUGUUCUCUCUAACCUGUAAGAACUUAAACAGAAAAGUAUUAGUUUUCCAAGUGUCUGAGAAAUAACCUCCAAAUGCAUGGAAAUUUUUAUCUUGGCCAAAUUCAAGCUCAAGCACUUUCAAAAUUAUUCCUAAUUGUUCCUGAAAUUCUGUUGUUUUACUGCCAUAAUCCGUUAUUGCUAUCUAUUGAUCAAGUCAGAGCUAAUUUUCAGAGUUAGACUUCAAUUAAAGUGGCAUGUUUGUAUGAAUGUGGAUAUCUAUAGCUAGAUGUAUGUAUAAAACCUGAUCUUAGGCAUAUUGUAAUGUUGCCUGGUAUCUGUAGUUCAGUUAAUUUGGUGCAAAAAAUUUUGGAGCCCUUUGGAUUGAAAGCGUUCCCUGUUACUAUUCCUUAGAUCCAAAGGAGUUUCUUUAGCUUAGUAAUAUUUUUUUUUUUUGUCUUCAGUCUUGGAGUCUAAUCUCUAAUCAGGUUUUACUAAUUGGCACACAAUGAAAGUGUGUGUAUUUGAAACUUGGAGCAAUAGUUAAGUGUUAAUUUUGGAAUUUCUGGACUUAGCUUGGUUGAAUAUGAGUAGUGGUCACCUAAGAAAGCACAUUGUCAGUCAGCAUCUGAAUACAAGCACACAACAAAACCAAGACUCUUGUUUUACUAGGUGUGGUUUUGGCCCUUAUAUUUUUCCUUAGAUAAUUAUUUGGAAAGCAUUACCCAGUUAUGGGGUAACUAGUGUCCAAGCUGACUGUUGGAGUUUUCAAUAAAAAUCUGUCAUACCUGUUGCACAUUGAAGUUAGGGCUGACAGACCAGAAGAGUUUCAGACGUGUGCUCAGUAAGAUCAGGCAAUUCACCAUGAGUGUAAAGUCCUGGCAAGUUUUAAUAACUACUUGGCCUGGUACUUGUUCCUCUUCCCUUGCCAAAGAGAAAGAUCAGUGUAUAUGUGUGAUCAGUCUAGAUCUUAGCUGCACAGCAUUAACCCCCAUUUGAAAUAUUUGCUUUCUUUGUUUGCCUGCUGAUACAGCCUCAUUAGCAUCUGGAUUGGACAAAGCAUGAAAGAUGAUAGAGAGGAUUUCAGAGCCCAGCUACUAGCUCUUAACUCAAGCAAAUGUUAUACAAAUUUCAAGUCAUAGCAGGUUUGUUUUUUCAAUAUUUGGUGCACUUGGGGGUCUGUCUUGAAUUGUAUUUUGAAAAGGAGUAUUUACUGAUUUGGCGUAUGAGCAUGAAUUGGCAUUCCAAGGAGUGAUGGCAGAUAGAUAAAGAAGAGUAGAUACUAAUUGCUGUUCCAUUAAGUUGUAGAAAGCUGCUACUUCUCCAACUCAUUUAUCUACUAACCUAUUGUGAAAAAUUAGCUGUGAUAUAAAUGCAGGAAAAGAAUAUAACUGAUAGCCUACUCUGUCCUGGGAUUCAGUUGGAUUUUUACCUGAUCAGGAAGGUGGGAGAUGUGACACAAAUGGGUGGGAAUAUUUCUUGC